UCUGAGAAAGUCCGGACACUGGACCUCCACCAGACCUUUCAAGGAAGCUGAUAACUAUCAGUUUUUAGGCCGGAAUGAAGUUCACAGUGAAGGAUUGGUCAAAAAUGUCUUCCUGAAUGCUGAGCUAAGGUCACAACAACAUUAUGUUAUCACUGGCUUCACCUCAGCUUGAGUGCAGGAAGUUAGUCACAGAUCAGCACACCGAUUCUAAGAGAGGACCAGUCUGCAAGGCCCCAACCCUGCCGGCUCCCUGAGCCUGGCAAACACAUCACCACUUCUUUGUACCCAACAGACUUUACAGGCUCCAAAGAGGACUACAUGGACAGUGGGGAAGGUGCUGUGUUCGGAGCAGUGGAGCCCCCCAGGCGCUCACGGGGCCGCCUUAUCCUCCAUGGCAUGGUCAUGUUUGGAAGGGAAUUCUGCUACGCGGUGGAGGCAGCGUUCGUCACACCGGUACUUCUGAGCGUGGGCCUGCCCCGCAGCCUGUACAGCUUGGUGUGGCUGAUAAGCCCCAUCCUGGGCUUUCUGCUCCAGCCCAUCAUCGGCUCGGCCAGCGACUACUGCCGCUCAUCAUGGGGCCGACGGAGGCCUUACAUCCUGACCCUUGGUGUCCUUAUGCUGCUGGGAAUCACCCUGUUUCUGAAUGGAGAUGCUGUCAUCUCAGCACUGGUCAUCGACAGGUCGGUGAGAAGUAUAUGGGCCAUAGUCUUGGUGAUGUUUGGAGUCGUGCUGUUUGAUUUCGCUGCAGACUUCAUCGACGGGCCCAUCAAGGCCUACCUGUUUGAUGUGUGUUCACAUCAAGACAAGGAAAGAGGUCUGCACUACCAUGCUCUACUCACAGGUCUGGGUGGAGCAUUUGGCUACCUGGUGGGAGCCAUGGACUGGGGCCACUCAAUAAUGGGUCAGCUGCUGGGCUCCGAGUACCAAGUCAUCUAUUUCUUCUCAGCAUUGACCUGGAGCAUCUUCCUCACUGUGCAUCUCUUCAGCAUCCCAGAGCAACCCCUUGGCAAGGAUCCGUCCACAUUUGACCCCUCACCUCCCAGUGCCCUUCGUCUACUGGGUUCCCACAGCAAUGGAUAUGGCGCACUGGCUAAUAAAGAGCCAGUCUCACCUGUAGUUCCAGCAUCUGUUCCAGACCUCAGGCCUAGGUCAUUCUCUGCUCUUGGGGAGGCCAAUUCAGUGACCUCCAGUGCUAAGCAGCCAAACAAGGAGGCCCAGAAGAGGAUGACAUUCAGAUCAAUGAUGAAAGCUAUCAUCAACAUGCCAAGCCACUACCGCUGUCUGUGUGUCAGUCACCUGCUGGGAUGGACGGCUUUCCUCUGCAACAUGCUCUUCUUCACUGAUUUUAUGGGACAGAUUGUGUACAAUGGAGAUCCUUAUGCAGAUCAUAACUCCACAGCUUAUGCCACAUAUGAGAGAGGAGUAGAAGUGGGCUGCUGGGGGCUGUGCAUCAACGCUGUGUCCUCUGCUCUCUACUCCUAUGUGCAGCGUUUCCUGCUCCCGUACAUCGGCCUGAAAGGAUUAUACUUUAUGGGCUACUUUGUAUUCGGCAUGGGCACCAGCCUGAUCGGCCUCUUCCCCAACAUCAUCGCCACACUGAUCCUCUGCAGCGUGUUCGGCGUCAUGUCCAGCACGCUCUACACCAUCCCGUUUAACCUGAUAGCGGAGUAUCAGCGAGAAGAGGAGGAACUCAUGAAGCUGGGAGGAAGCAAUGGAAGUCAGCGAGGCACCGGGGUGGACUGUGCCGCCCUCACCUGCAUGGUCCAGCUGGCUCAGAUCAUCGUGGGUGCAGGUCUCGGCGCUCUGGUCAACAUGGCAGGAAGUGUAAUCGUGGUGGUUCUCUCGGCCUCGACCGUGUCCCUGCUCGGCUGCAUCUUCAUUGCUCUCUUUAUUAGAAAUGUGGACUAAUUCUGCUUAUAUAAAAGUAUUUUAAUGAUAUUGUUUUAAUAAAUACAGAUUCUUUAUU